AUGCCCAUUCCGACGCGUUCCCUUUCACUCCGUGAGCCCCGUAAACAGGUGACAUCGUCUCUACGCAUUCCCAAGCCGCAGGACAGUCGAUUGCCCGAGCGAGAAACCAAACUUGUCCAGAAAACAGCACAGCAGGACCGACCGGCCGGGCCGACCGGUAUUAGUCGACGCCAAAGCUUGAUUCGACCCAGUCCGCUCAAACCUACGUCGUCUGUCAGGACUCCUUCCGCCACCACGGGCUCUACAACCCUGACCACCCCGAAAAGAGCUACGUUCGCACCAGGCCCGCCUUCCCCUUCGAAAUCGGACGCUCCUUCGAGCCAGAAUGGCCGUGCAACGUCACCGAAGAAGUCGAGCAUGGCUCCUCCUCCACGACCUGUCCGAUCGACUUCGUUGAGGCAGCCGGCGAGCUCAAGCGCCGGGACGGGGUCUGCGGCGACCGCAAGAGGCCACAUUCGACAUCGUAGCCAGGUCACGACGACUCCCAGCCAGGUCUCGAAAAAACUCGAACCGCCUUCGCCGGCUACCACUACUCCACGGUCUAGAGCCACAUUCACAACAUACCAGCAGCAGUUGUCGCCAAGAAAACCGGCUGACAAGCCCGCAGUCGCGCAGUCGUCCGGCGGUCCUACGUUGAUUCCGGCAUCCUGGCCGGAGAUUGCAUCACUGCAGACCGAGCUGCUACAUCUUAGUCUCUUGCACCAGUCUUCCCUCCAACAGAAUGUCCAGUGGCGAAACCAUGCCGAGGAGCAGCUGCGGUCGAAAUACGACUCGGUCGCGGCAAGAUACCGGACCAUGGUCGUCGAAGAGAAGGAACACCAGCGGCGGCUGAACGGACAGGCAUUGAGCGGUUGGCUCAAGAAUACCCGGGAGCACAACGGGCGGCAAGGGUUCGAGGAACAAAUCCGAAUCCUGUCUCAGGUUACGCAGGAGGUGUGUGAUUUAAAUGAUAGCUUGGCAGGCCGAUACACAUUGGCCGUGCAGGGAUUCGAGGACUGGUUUCACAAGGCGAGAGAAAUCAAGAAUUACCGGCUCGAGCAGGGCGGGGUUUCUGGCCACGUCGUGUUCAUCGACCCCAUUGACCCGACCUGGAAGGAGGAGGCGUAUGCCAUGACCAUGCAGUUGGAACUAUGCUCGAGGCGGCUAGACAGCCUCGACAUUCUGGGCUACGGGGAGGUAGAGCGGCUGGAAAAUUCCGCCCUCCUUCGAAUGGCCAAGGGCUUGGACGAGAUGGUCAAAUUGAUGGUCGACGAACUGAACGCCAUCCGUAAGAUCGAGGCCGAUAUCACAAGGUCGGAGCGACAGUGGGUUAGUCAGCUCACGCGACAAUUGAUGGCAACAAGACCGCACGAAACAAGAUCUUCGGAACUGGGAAUGUGGAGACAGACGUCCUUGAAGUCAUAG